GAAUAUAGUGCUUAAGUUAUCUAGAGCUACGGAAGCUAAGAAUUUAUCGCAGCCUAAUGUUUCUCUAACAGUGUAUUUGUGAAAAUGGAAGGGUUGACUCAGAAUGAGAAAACUAUUUGGUCUUGUUGGGAGGAAAAAUCGGCCAGGGAUGUGGUCCGAGAGGCUGCAAAUAAAGGCAGUCACAUAAACUUGGCAAUAAAAUACUUGAUGCACAAGAACUCGUGGAAUGAAGACACUGCAAGAGACUGGUUUAUGGCUGAAGUCAGAGCCUGGACAAUCCAACUUCUGUUGAGAAAACAAAUAUUCAAAGUGCUUCAUGUCCUAAAUAAAGUUGGUAUAGAUCCGUCCGAACAUCUAAUGGAUCUCGCACAGUCCUCACCAGAGAUAGAAUUUAGAGAUUUCAUAGUCCAACAUCUAGACAAGCUAUCGUUGGAUAUGAAAGGUGAUACGGUAACAAGAUGGCAAGACUUCAAGAGACAUUGGAUGUUACUCCAACACUUAGAAAAAUCCUUUGAAUGUGACGGGACUUUCAAGCAGAACAAAGUCUUUGGAACUGGUAAAAAUAGAAUCUUUGUAAAUGAAAGUGAAAUAAAAGCAUUGACUAUAGAGAAGAUACAGGCUUGUACUCUACAAUGGAAGAGCAAAAUCGCUUCCGCUCUCUUCCUGGAUUCAUUUGAGUUCUCUCUCUUGGAUUUCUCAACACCAUUAGAAAUGUGGAACCACCUUGUGGAACAAAACAAAGCCAUGAUUCUAAUCCGCUGGAUCAACUUGCAAAUGUCCGAGGUGGUGAGAGACAUGAAUUCCCGAUACAAUUUCUUUAACAAUGACAGCUUUGUCAAAAAGCUUCUGAAUGUUGACACCAAGGGCUUCCCAGAUGAGGUUCUUGAUACAUUAGAUGAGAUCUUUCGAAAAUGGCCCAUCACUGAUGAAAUGAUAGCCAGCGUUGCUAAUAGUGGCUGUUACGAAUACACUAAAAUGUGUAUUUACGAUACACUGUGUUCCUAUGGCAUAGUCAAUAAUAAUGAAACUAGCGAUUUGAACAAAAUUAUAGCCAGAUUAGCUCGAACUAAAAAUCUGAAACUUAUUGAUGAUAUUUUCACUGAAUCUUGCUCCAAUAUUACUAAACAACAUUUCUAUGUAGAAUUAGCUAAGUAUUGUGUAAAAAAUAAAUUGUAUAAAGUGUUGACAAUGUGUGUCGAGGGCAAUAUACUUGACACAGAUCUCUCUAACGUUGAACAGGAGGCCAAGGACUGUAUAAAUCUUUGGCUAUUGUUUAAAAGCAUUGAGCAGACUUCAGACAGACAGAGCCACGUAGUGCCGGUGUAUAAGACGUGCCAGCAGAUAGCCAAAGAUGACAUUGACAAUUAUAUUUGUUCCAAUCCCCAUCUAGUCCUCGGUAUGAUCCUUCUUGAAGAUGGAGCAAAGUUAUUUGACGUGUUCUCAAACGACGAAUUCAUUAUAUUUAAAGGCUUUAAACUGCCAAAUAAAGGUUACAAAGAGAAGCUUCCUCAUUUACACAAUGUUUAUAAGAAAUAUUUAGAUACGAAUCCAUUUUACGAGUCUAAAGACGUCAACGUAUAUCAACUACUUUCUGGUUACCGUGGCUUAGAUGUUUCGAAAAUAUUUGAAUUCCAAUUGAUAAAUCAGAAUACUUCCACCGUAGUGUGUGAUAAAGCGGACCGCCGUAGUUUGGGUAGUCUUCUAGCUAACGAUGUGCAAGUAAACGCUAGUUGCGUAAAGGCAUUGUCCCAAAAAUCAGUUGACAUGCCGGAUUUUGCGAACGAAAAACUGAUGAAAAGAUACGGUUAUGUGGCGAAAUUGAGCCACAUCUACUAUUUGAAGCAGUACCGUCCCUGCAACGCCAGUCAGGCAUUUGUUGUACAACAGUAUCAGAUGUAUAAUCGCCUGCAAGAUAAGAGUAUAAAGAGCGCUUGCUGUGAAGCUCAUGCGUUAGCUCUGCAGCACUGGGAUGAUCCAGCAAUGGUGGCCUGUGCCAUAUCAUUCGUGGCCAUGAUUGGUUGCAACCCUACACGUUGCAGAGUUCAUAUGACCGCAGCACGCAUGAUAAAAGAAUACUUACUGUAUCAUAAAGGAUAUGGCCAAGACAAAGCUAACAAAGCGGUGAACGAAUACAUGUCCAAACUUAUACAGAGCAGCGAUGACGCGGCUAAGGACAUUUUGGAGAGCCUUGAAGAGAUAACUAUGCACACGCUAAAAAGUAAACAAAAUGCAGAAGGAGAAGUAGAAAUGUCAGUAGCGCUUUUUGAAUCCCAGACAAUGAUAAAAUUCGCAAUGCUGCACAAUCUGCCUUUACCCGAAAAUUUACUUCGAGAGUUUGUGAAGCGUGGCUCUUGGUUCAACUUUUUAUUAUUCGGCGACGUAUUUCGAUACCCUUUGAGUCAAAUGUUAAAGCUCUCUCAAGAGUUCGAGCAGAAAUCUUACGCUGAGCAUUUGAAGUACAUUAUGAUGAAUAAGAAUGUGGAGGAAGGCUCAGAAAAGGAUUGCAAGACAAACUCGACCAAUGGACAGAGGAGAUUAAACAGGCUGAGUUCUUCUGAAGUGAGCCCGAGUGGCAGCGUCACAUUUGAGUUCCCUUCUCGCGGUGUAUCGCGUGAGCUAUGGGAGGUGGCAGCCGCGUGCCAUGGCCCUGAGGACCCGCCAGCCGCGCUAAUCCGCUCCGCACAUCUGUGUCGCGAACCUCUGCUUGUUCUGCUCGCGGGUUGCUAUGAGCCGAACGCGGUCUUCGUACUAUGGUCACAAUGGAUCCUAUCGUCCCUGGCAACUCCCGCCCCGGACAGUGCUUUACUGGCAACACAGCAAAACGUGUCCCCGGACUUGUUCCAACAGGUCGCGGAGCUGUGUCUGAGAGAAGGCUACGUGACUACACUACAUGAGGCCAUGCUGGUCUUUAUGCCGGAAAGUCCUUUAGCACUUCUGACAGCAUUUCUCUGCCGCACUCUAAAACAGCGCAUAUUCGACUGUCAGACCAGCAAGACUCUAGCCAGCUUCCUGCAACUUUGCCAAAGACGAUACAGCGUGGAUGCCAAUGGUCUACCCAGCCGGUUGUCUAAAGAAGCUUAUCAGAGAAUAGCUACGGCGCUGGUGAAGAUAGCUCUUAGCCAGGGAUUUGACAGCGCUUUUCAUCAGAGGGAGUUUCUCAAGUGCCUGGCUGUGGCGCAGUUUGGGAAGGGAUUUUCGGUGCCUUCUCCAAACUUCGUUACAUUACACGAGAUCCUUCAAAUAUCCAUGGAGACACCGACAGUCGUGGACGUGUCUAAAAUGCUGCAAGACGACUCGGGCCAAUACUUGCUCCAGUGCGUGGAAAGUUACACCGCCAGUAGAAAUUACGAUGUUGCCCUCAAGAUAGCCAAGCUAGCCAGUGUCCCCGUCAACGACAUUUUAAUGGCCGAGUGGGCGCACAAACACGAGAUGCUUCUGAUGAAGGAAGAUGGCGUCGAUGGCAAGGAAUGGACUCUUUUCAUUGCUAAAUGCAGCGAGGCUUUUAAAAAAGCAGCAGUAACAUUCAACGACGCUACGGACUUUUUAGUGUACUACGUGAAUGAAAUCAAUGAUAAUGUACAGAAAUUCUACGCUUAUAGAAUCAUUAUGAGCUGGUUCGAAGAAAACUUAGAGUACGGACAGAAGAGAGAGCGCAUCGAGCAUUUGAUGUGGGGCGCUUAUUUCAAAAGCGAAGCACAAAACGAGGUGUUCUUAAACAGUUAUCAGAGUACCCUGCAUUUUAUACUGAACGGGCAAAAGGAUCCGAGUUUGUCGAAGAAAAUUGGUGUUGUUGACACAGAAAAGCCAUUUUCGAUGGAGUUGCGAGAGAUAGAAGUUGAGUCUGACGUUGGGAAUAUUGAAGAUGUGGUUAUUUUGGAAGAUGUGGAAGCGGUAGAGAACUGGAGACGGGUUAUUAAUCAACUGCUCGAGUUGAAGUUGCUUGUAGAUGCUUUUAGGCUUUCCGUCUUAUUCAAGGUACCUUCGGAGCACAUGUAUAGGAGCCCGCCGUGUCCAGUGCAGAUCAUUCGGACGUGUCUGAAGUUGGCCGAGGGUUCUUGCUUGCCGUACGAUUUGCCGCAGGAGCUGAGAUUGGUUAUCUCGUCGCCGUACUUGCAAAAUAAAUUGACGACAUCUGGCAUAUCAGAUGCCAGCUUCGAAGAGCUAGUGAUUAUCCAAGAAAAACAAGAGACCGCCAGCGAAGGUUGUCAACUGGCAGCUAGAGAGGAGGCAGAUCGUCUCACCGCCUUAGAAGCUCUAGCGGCCCGCAGCGGCCUUUCCAUUGCUAAGCACAUAGCCGCUUACUACCGUAUAGCACUGCAUAUAGGCUGGCAAUACACGGCAGUGUUGAAGUAUAGAGGAUUGUCUGUGGAUUUUAUCAAUUUGGUCAGCGGACGAACUCGUAUGUCGCUGGCGAAUCUUGUGUUUCGGACUUUUAACAUUCCUUCCAAGCAGAUCGCUGAAUACCUGUGCCACGAAAUGGUAGCAGCGAUAAUCUGCCCCCACCUAGUGAAAACCUCCACAUUCCGUCAAAAAGAGCAUUUUCAAUACACGCUCUGGGGCUACGCUCUCAACUCCGACAUCGAAAUGUUCCUCAACAUGCGACCCGACUGCUGCAGCCACAUCGGGAGACUUAUACUGGACCAUCUGAUGGCUUUUAGAAAGAUUUAUAAAUCUGGAGCAACUCCAGUCCCAGAGAGCACUCUAGACGACAGCUGUCUUGACUUAGAAACUCUAAUAGAUGAGGAAUAUUCAAACGUGGAAAGCGAAGAAGUAGAAUCAGCUAUAACUGAUGGAGGUACUUUAAACUCCGCUGAGACUGCGUCUGUCUAUUCGACAGUGUCAACCGUGUAUACAGUUGGGAGUAAAAUGACGAAAGACACUAGGAGGAACUUGUUUGAUGUGAUUUCGAGGAGCAAUAUCCAUAUUCGGUAUGAGGUCAAGUCGAAUAUUAGGAAGAUUACUAAGGGUGCUAAAUUGUCGACGAAACAGGUGAACAUAAUAUCGAUCGAGUUGCUAGUGGUGGCGCAUGAGUGUUUCUCGUGCGCGUGCGACACAGAGGGCGUGGCAGUCGUUUUGCGGUCAGCGCAGGCUCUCACGGCGCAACUACUCGCGGCGCGUUCUUGGCGACUCAUGGUGCGGCUAUUGACGGGUCUGGCGCGGUACACAGAGAUGGCUUAUGUGUUUCAAGCGCUACGCGAUAAGCAUCAGUUCGAGUUCCUACUCGGCCAGUUCGACUUCAUGCUGGGACAGCAGAAGGAGAAGAUCACGGAGUUCCAACAGGGUUUACUUGACUACCUCAAAACCCACUGUCCCGGUGACACCGACACCUACAUAAUGGUGGCUCUUCACUUCAACAUGUACUCCGAAGCCGCUAACGUGAAGCGAAAACAGGCGCUCGACCUUAUCUCGGAUCUGGAGAAGUUGGCUAUAGAGUCCACGCCAAAGGGGAGUGGAAGGAAACCUAGCCAACCGGUGUGGGUGAUGAUACAUGACAAUAAUGUCACCAGAUCGAUGCUCGAAACAGCGCUCAACCACAGCACGGACGCAGCUGAAUUAUACUUACAAGGCGGCUGUACGGGAUUCGCAGGAGAGAUGGCAGCACUAGCGCAGAACAUAGCACUACAGAUGUCGCUACUCAACGCCUCGCCUACGAGACUCAUACUCAACAAGAGCACGGAACAGAUGUACAAACUAGUCUCUGAGUAUUUGAGUUUCAUGGAGGGCCUAGUAUUGCUGGCGCAACGUGGAGCGGCGGCGUGGCGCGAGCUAGCAUAUCGUCGAGCACUCGGCAACGACCAAGCUUACCUGCGCGACUGCGCCACCUAUCGUCCUGAUGUGGCACACGACUUCCUAACCAGAUACAAAAUCGAGAAGAAUAAAUCUGCUGUAUCUCAAGCAGCCAUGACUGAGCUACGGAAUCUUCUGCGGUGAUGUGCCACUAACGUUUUUACGUGUAUUGCUUUUAUAAUGUGGCAUUAAAUGUUGUAAUCGCAGGAAGUAGCAUGUAAUCUGGGGCUUAUAGAAAGUGCAGUCGGAAUGUACAACGAGCUGCAAAAUUGCAUGGCGAGGUUGUGCGAUGAGUUGUCAGAACUUUACGAUUUUUUAAGAGACCAUUCCAAUGAUCUGGAAACUUCUUGCGCAAAGGAAAGAAUUCCAUGGAAAUUCCUUCCCCCCUACGCUCCCCAUAUGGAGGGCUCCAUGAGGCUGCAAUUAGACGAUGUAAAUUUCACUUAAAGCGAGUACUAGGUCAAGCAUUAUUAACCUAUCAUGAAUUUUAUUCGAUCCUUGUCAGCAAUGCCGUUGAGGGCAUUAAUUUAUUUUUUUGUGAUAAGCACAGAUAUUUGUUCCUGAGUCAUGGAUGUUUUCUAUGUAUGUAUUUAUCUAUUUAAGUAUGUAUAUCGUCGCUUAGCACCCAUAGUACAAGCUUUGCUUAGUUUGGGGCUAAGUUGAUCUGUGUAAGGUGUCCCCAAUUUUUUUUUAAAUUCAUUUAUAAUUACUCCAUGCAAUUUAUCAGCUCAAUGUACACGACCCUAGAUUUGACCGGGCGUCGACAUUUGAAAGACGCUAUUGUCCCGGAUUUUUUAGAACCUCUUUUUGACACAUUUCCAUUGAAAUUUGUAGAGAUGUGGCUAAGACGAAUCGUUUGCAAAAUCUAGCGAUUAUUUACGAAUUGUUUGAAUCGAUUGUAUGAUGGGAUGUAAUUGAAAAUAUAAUUGAAAUUGUAAACUAGAAACGAUUAUUAAAACUAAACUUAACAAAGCACCGAUUAAAAUCUUGUCACUGAAAUAAGCCGCGAAAUUCAAAUUUUCUUUGGUA